GGAUUCUCAUGCCCACUGCGUUGCUAAGUGCUAGCAAAACAAAUGAGAGCAAGAGGUCAAGCGAACGUAGAGCUGUACGCGAUCUCUGAUUGGUCCUGGCUCUGGCUCGUCAGUCUUACGAUGCAAUAAUAUAGAUGUAUGUGUCUGGACAAUGUGAAGGUGUGAAGGUAUUUUCUCUGUAAAGAGAAACCAGCACAAAGCUUCUGCUCUGUGGAAAUCCUGAUUAGAGAUGCUCCCAGCGCUCUGUGUAGGUUUGGAUGAGAACACGUCACAGCCUGUUGACGUGGUCUGAUACUACCCGACACAUGUCCUCGCACACAUGAAGAAUGCAGUGAUGGAUGAUGGAUAUAUGCUGUAAUACACACUGACAGAAGACUCUAUAGAGGUCAACUGAAGCUUCUCGACGUAUCCCAGCAUCCUCUGGGCAUGGCCAGCACUCAAGAAAAGUCCCCUCUCGGUUCUGUGGAAGAUUUCUGGACCACCCUUACAGGACACAGAGAUCCUGAGGAAGAAAGUCAGAUGUUCCGUUCUCAUACCUGGUCAUGAAGCUGGUCUUGUUGGUCUUAAGGGUGCUGUGUCUUGCGAGCCUGUGGCCCGUCACCCUGCUCGAUAACCGGUAUCCUGACCGCAAGAGAAACAAGGAUGUUUACCUCGGCGAGCAUGCAAAACACAAAUUUAGAGGGCGAAUAGACCACAAACUAAAGCGGAAGGACAGCACAAAGUCUCUUCUGAUCAAAACGGAACAGCUGCUGAGGAUCGAAGAUCACGACUUUGCCAUGAGGCCUGGAUUUGGAGGGUCUGCCAUCCCUGUUGGCAUUGAUGUGCAGGUGGAAAGCAUAGACAGCAUCUCUGAAGUAAACAUGGACUUCACCAUGACCCUGUACCUGCGGCAUUAUUGGAAGGACGAACGGCUGGCUUUUCCCUCCACUAACAAUCUGAGCCGCACAUUUGAUGGGCGCCUGGUGAAGAAGAUCUGGAAGCCGGAUGUGUUCUUCGUCCACUCCAAGCGUUCCUUCAUCCACGACACUACCAUGGAGAACAUCAUGUUAAGGGUUUAUCCAGAUGGAAACAUCCUCUACAGCGUCAGGAUAACAGUCACGUCUCUUUGUUCGAUGGAUUUUAGUAGAUUCCCGUUGGAUACUCAGAACUGUUCCCUGGAGCUGGAAAGCUAUGCUUAUAAUGAGAAUGACCUCAUGUUGUACUGGAAAAACGGCAAUGACUCCUUAAGAACAGAUGAGAUUGCUCUCUCUCAAUUCUUCAUCGAAGAAUUUCAUCCGUCUCACGGUCUGGCAUUGUACAGCAGUACAGGUACAUAUUCUCUCUUUUAUAUUGGCAGUGACGGCUAUCUUUGUAAUAUCUACUUCAGAUCAUUGUGCGAGUCCACAUUGUUUGCUUUGUCAGGCUGGUACAACAGACUAUACAUCAACUUCAUCCUGAGACGACACAUAUUCUUCUUUAUGCUUCAAACGUACUUUCCCACAAUGCUGAUGGUGGUGCUCUCUUGGGUGUCUUUUUGGAUCGACAGGCGGGCGGUACCAGCCCGUGUCUCACUUGGCAUCACUACGGUGUUGACAAUGUCCACCAUCAUAACCGGAGUGUCAGCAUCCAUGCCUCAGGUGUCAUAUGUGAAAGCCGUGGACAUUUAUUUGUGGACCAGCUUCCUGUUUGUGUUUCUUUCCGUCAUCGAGUAUGCUGCUGUCAACUACUUCACCACCAAGGAGGAGAUGAAGAAACUUAAGCAGUUAAAGCUGUCAGAAUUUGAUGCCUCUCAGGCUAUGGCGUUUGACGGCUGUUUCCACGACACGGACAUAGAGCUCAGCACGUUCCCUCCCAUGUCCGAUCUGAACUCUGACCCGUGCAUGACAUCCCUGAACUCUGCCGUACCAGAACUACCUCGCAUCAUGGGCACACGCCUCCGUCGCAGAAGGUCCAUUCGCCAAAGUGUCAACCAUAUCAUGAGCAACAGUUACAAGAUAGACUCCUAUUCUAGAAUAAUCUUUCCUGUGGCAUAUAUAUUCUUUAAUUUCAUCUAUUGGAGCAUCUACUCUUGA